AUGGAUCGCCGUCUGAACGCCGACUUUUAUAGUUUUAUUUCUCCGGUUAUGGAUUUGCGGGAAUUUUUAAACGAGGCUUUCACCAGCAGACAAAACAUGAACGAUUUUUUUCUACUUACUGGACGAAUUUCCAAUUCAUCAUCGAUGAAACCAAUGGCUAAGUCCGAAUCUCAGGACAUCGACUGGAAGCGGGACUUUGCUACCAUAGCAAACUGUAAACCGUGGACGGCAAAUAAGAUUUGUGAUGGCGAUUUGCAACCCACGCGUUUUCUUGCUUUUCCCGACCUACGGUCGUUUGAAGAACUUAACGGUCUGAACAACAUCCAUCCGACUCCAAAAUUAAAGACAUUACAACUCGCUCUUGAAAGGAACGGAAUUGCAAAAAAUCCGCAAAGGAAGUCGAACUAUCUCCGCGAUUUGAAAUACGACAAAUAUGAUACAUGUGAAAAGGAUCUACGAAGAAGUCAUAGCAGUCCUAUUUCUCUGCCGUGUGCUAGAGACAUUGUCAUCACGUGUACCGUCGUUGUACCACACAACAAGAUUUUAUCGCAAGAAGAGACGAGAAACACAAGGCUUCUUUUAGCAGAGCGGAAAUUGAUGCUUCGAGGAGAUUCUACGCUGAUGAGCUUAAGACAAAAACUCUUGUGUAUUUGCGACUCUGUUGUAGAGUUGGAAGAUGGUAAAGAAUUGGAACCAAUCGAACAAGAAAAGACUCAUAUGGUGUUAUAUCCUUCGUCGUUUAUUUUCAUCCAUGAUACGUUUUACGUGGAUUAUUCGAUACCUAACUCAAAGGAUAUUUCAGCCCCUAUACGCGAAUUUAUGGGAAGGAAGAAAUGUUUUGAUCCAGUAACAUCGCGCGACAUUGAAGGAGUAAGGAUAAUUGACUUAAAACUGCGGUUAGGACAACCCUACGUUUUUCAACACUCAGGAACAUGCGAACAUUUAUUAAUAUUUCACGAUCUGAGGUUAUUGGAGAGGACGGAUGUUCAAGAUUUGGAACGAUAUCCAAUGGUGAUUUAUGAGAAGAAAGGUGACGUUCGCUGUUCCGCGUGUAAACGAGGCUACGCGGCGUUUGUGGUUGAGGAAUGUGAACGUCUACCGUCCCCAUACAUGAUGUUUUGCGAACCAUGUUUCCGCGAAUUCUUUUUCUUGCACGGUCACAAAAUCGGUCGAUUCCGUGCUCAUCCGUACAUGCCGAUCAAUCAACAAAGACAUUGGAAGCUGUCUGGGUUGUUGGCAUCCAUAUUUGAUCCGGAAUCCUUUAAAUGUUAUAAAUCACGACUAUGA